GUAGGUUUUCACAAACGAACUUCACUUCUCAUUCAUUGGACAAUGAAGAGGAAGUAGUCGGAUGGUUUGUUGUUAGCUUGACUAUGCAAGUCCCAACAGAAAAAAAUGUAUUAUUUAGUAAAACAAAUGCAUAAUUUAUGUAUUAGUCGUUAUUCGAAAGUCUUCGUGGGGUUACCUCUCCUAGAUAUUUAUUUGUAACCGCAGAGAUUAUUUAUCCUCCUGGGUUUGCAGUAUAAAAUGUAGCCAGGCUGCAUUAGCAAAGUGAUGGACUGUGAAGCUCCGUGAAGCUAAAGCUCCUAACAACACAGACCUAAUCAGUCUCUGUGAGGUUGACGCUGAUAAAGUUCAUGGUUUAAUACAACAAGACGAGUCCACUCUCCGAACUGUUUGACGCAGCAAAGAGGGAUGCGGAUGAAACCUUAAUGUACUAGGACAUGUGAAGGCUGAAAACAAGCAUUGUGGAAAAAGUGAAUCCCAGGUGGAGCGAGGAUGACUGAGAUGAUGAAGGUUGAAGCUGAUGAACCUGGAGGGUUCGGCUCGGAAGCCCCCGUGCCUGCAGGAUCCACAUCAGAACCAGAGGAGGAAACACAAGAUAGCAAAGAUCUCAACCUUCAGAUUGUGGUGGUUAAAGAAGAACAUUGCGAUUCAUGGAGCUCCAGCUCCGACCAGCAGGACCCUGAGCCCCCCCACAUAAAGGAGGAAGAAGAGGAACUGUGGAUCAGUCAGGAGGAGGAGCAGCUUAUUGUGAAGACCGAAGAUGAAGAGAAACCACAGUUAUCAGAUCUUCAUCAGAUGAAAACUGAAGGCAACACAGAGGCUGAAGGUCUGAGCAGCAGCUCAGCUGAACAGAAGGAAACAGAACCUGAUGGAGUCGACUGUGGAGGACCAGAACCAGACAGGAUCCCAGAUCCACAGUGUUCUUCCCAACAAAUUAAGAUGACUGUUCACAAAAGAGGUAAAAGAUCUAAAAUGAGUUCCAAGCUUACAACUCAGAGUGCAGUCCAAGCAGGAGAAAGGCCAUUUGGUUGUGAUGUUUGUGGCAAGAGAUUCAAAUGUAGAAUUCACGUUGACUUCCACAUGAAGACUCACACUGCAAAGAGAGAGCAUAACUGUGAUUUUUGUGGUAAAGGAUUUCAAGACGACCAUUCCCUACAGACGCAUGUAAGGGUUCACACUGGAGAGAAACCUUUCGCUUGUGACGAUUGUGGGAAAAGGUUUCAUGCAAAGAAUAUUCUUAAUAGUCACAUGAAAGUCCAUUCAGAAGAAACAUUUCCUUGUGAGGUUUGUGGCUCAAUAUUUAAAAGAAAAGAAAGCCUCAAGAAGCACAUGUGGACUCACACUUCACAGAGACCGUUUGUCUGUAGCGUUUGCAGCAAAGGGUUUUUGAAACAGGAUCAUCUAAAGGGCCACAUGCGUAUUCACACAGGAGAGAAGUCGUUCAUUUGUAGUUUCUGCAGCAAAGGGUUUUCACUGCAACACAAUCUGAAAAGACACAUGGUUGUUCACACGGGAGAGAAACCACUGAUUUGUACCGUUUGCAGUAAAGGAUUUUCGCAACAUUUAGAUCUGAAGAGACACAUGCGUGUCCACACAGGAGAGAAACCCUUUAUUUGUAGCGUUUGCGGUAAGGAAUUCUCAAAUCCCGGGGGUCUGAAGAAGCAUAUGAAUUUUCACACCGCACCGUUCAGCUGCAACGACUGUAGCAAACAUUUUGUGGACGAAAUGCAGCUGGAGCGACAUGCGAGAGUUCACAUAGAGGAGAGACCGUUUGCUUGUGACGUCUGCAAAAGCAGAUUUAAUCAUAAGUGUCAUCUUAAAAAGCACAUGCGAGUCCAUUCUGGAGAGAAACCGUUUAUUUGUGGUGUUUGCAACAAGGGAUUUACAUUGCAGGAGAACCUAAAGAGACACAUGCGCACUCACACGAGGGAGAAACCGUUUGAGUGUAGUGUUUGCCAUAAAGCGUUUUCGCAGCAUGGAAAUCUGAAAAGACACAUGGGUGUUCAUGAGGCCUGCCACUCGUGAUUAUUUUGAUGGUUGACAAAUCGCUUCUGUAAUUUCCCCAACAGUCUUUAUUUUGCAGAUUUUUGGAUGCAUCUCUGAUCCAACACCCUUGUCAUCGUGGCAUUCAGCUUCAGGCGUGUUGGAAAAGGGAUGCAGCUAAAUUAGGCACUCCCUCUCUGCAGAAUGAUAGAAAUUCUCACAGUAAGUUGAGACGUGUUUAAAUACACUUGAAAAUACAAUUCUUCUGUAGCUGUAUUUUAAAUUAUGGUUAGGCAAAAUCCAUUUUUAAUACUAUUAAUCAUUCAUUGCUACUAGAGAACACUAUCGGAGAUUCAGAGCCAAUUUCUGAUCUUUGGGUUCAGUAAAGCAUAUUAUGUGAACCUAUCAUCUUAAAAUCUAAUCAUGUCUUUCACUCAUUUAUUGAAGCUACUAGUGAUGGUGCCAUUGGUUAAAUCAUUGAUGUCCUUUGACUGUUUCUCUUU